AUUGGAGAUUCCCAUUCAUUUGUUUAUUCGCCAGUUGCAGAAAUCAAAGCAAGAAAUUCGUUCCAAAAAUCAAAUUACAGUUGGUUAGAAUGUUGAUGUAAUCGAUCACACGAUUAUAAAUAUUUUAAAGAUAUGCUACGAUUACGAUGUUUAUGGUGGACUAGCUGUUCUUCUCUUCAUUUAAAUCGUCGUUUUCUUCCUUCUCCGAUCAUAUCUUCAUCAUCAUUUAGAUCAAAGAUGGAAGCGGUAUCGUAUUCAACACAAUCAUCGACGCCAUCAAAGAAGUUGUUGUUUCGUCAGUUGUUCGAGAAGGAAUCAUCUACUUACACCUACCUUCUAGCCGAUGCUUCUCAUCCAGAUAAGCCUGCUUUGUUAGUUGACCCUGUAGAUAAGACAGUGGAUAGGGAUCUUUCUCUUGUAAAAGAUCUGGGACUGAAACUUCUAUAUGCUAUCAACACCCAUGUUCAUGCUGAUCAUGUCACUGGGAGCGGGAUGAUCAAGACUAAAGUUCCUGGUGUCAAGUCUAUCAUUUCGAAAGCAAGCAAAGCAUCAGCCGAUCUUCAUGUUGAAGCUGGUGAUAAAAUUCAAUUUGGUGAUCUUUAUUUGGAGGUUCGUGCAACUCCAGGGCAUACGUUAGGUUGUGUCACCUAUGUCACCGGAGAUGAUCCUGAUCAGCCUCAACCAAGAAUGGCGUUUACUGGUGAUGCUCUAUUAAUACGUGGAUGUGGGAGAACGGAUUUUCAGGGUGGAAGUUCAGAGCAGCUAUAUGAAUCGGUCCAUUCACAGAUCUUCACAUUGCCAAAGGACACAUUCAUUUAUCCUGCUCAUGAUUACAAAGGGUUCACGGUUAGCACCGUGGGAGAGGAGGUGCUCUAUAACCCACGACUCACGAAAGAUGAGGAAACAUUCAAAAGCAUCAUGGAAAAUUUGAAGCUGUCGUAUCCAAAGAUGAUCGAUGUAGCAGUGCCAGCGAAUAUGGUUUGUGGAUUGCAAGAUUUGGAGUCAAAAGCGGCAUGAUAUACAUAUAUGCUUAAUGCUUCAUCUACAAAAAUACAUAGAAAUCAACUCUGUACAUCACAACUGAAUUACAAAUGAAUAAGGUGGUUGCAAAAGUAAUUGUGGCUUAUUCCAAUUCUUUGUUUUUGGAUGCAUACUUUUAAAUCAUAUACUCAAGGGUUUAUGAAUAAGAAACCUGUUAAAUCA